GAACUUAUUACUUUCUUCUAUAAUAAGGAAUAUGCUAUUUCAAUAUUAACUGUAACUUUUUCAAUCUUUUAUUUAUCAUAUAUUUCCGUUUUUCUUAAGAACACGCGAACUUUCAACUUGGACGGUCUGAAUGGUAGCGUCAACUGCUUGUACCUCAACACCAACUGACAAGCACACAGCACUUCGCAUUUAUACUUUGGACUAAAAUUUAAUAGUAGAUGGAAUUAAAUGAGAAAAACAAAAGAACAUGUCAACAGCAUCUCCCUCUUUGACUUUGGAAGAAUCUAAGAAGAAACAGCUUCGUCAAUACAAGGAAAUAAUACGAAUAAGCAAAGCCCAAUCGGCUCGUAUAAAAGAACUUCAAUUGGAAAAUGAAAGGUUAUUGUCAGAAAACAUAGACCUUCGAUCAGUCGCAAUAAAUUUAGAAGAACAAUUAGAGUCCCAACAAAUUAAAAACGAAAGAUUACAAGAGGGGCUUAAUUCUAUUUUGUCAGAAUGCCAAGGUGGAGCUGAGUCAUUUCUAAAAUCAUUAAGUCAAUAUCGCCAAGAUGCGCAAGACUUGUUUCGAACUUCGGAAUCUCAAAUGUCAAGAGAGUAUGAAACGGACCAAGAAGAUCUGGAUGAGGAAACCUUUGUUAAAGAAACUGAGGAUAUAUUAAAAGAGGCAAAUGAGGAUGCAACAAUAAAAAACUUAAGCUGUCUAUUAAAUGGUGAUGGGCAUCAAAGCGAGCCUUCGACCAACGCUCCAAAAAAAUCAUUAAGUUCACUCACUGAUAAGCAUCAAGGAAACGAAAAGCAAGAAAAUUCUGAAGAAAAAACUAGGAGUCAUCCUUCCGAAAUCAUUAGAUCAUCUAACGAGUCCAGAGAAGAAAAUAACGUUUCCUCGAAUGUCAAAUAUUCAGCCGAAAUAACUCCCGACGCCCCGGAAUCUUUUGAAACAAAUGGAAGCAAUGUCCGUAAUGAAUUGCACAACCAGCCACCCGUUUUAAAUUCCAAAAGUUCGGAUAAUUUUAAUGUGUUAAAUUCCAAUACUGUCCCUGUUAAUAAUGAACGACACCUCUCAGCUUCUUCUUCCCGCAAUACAGCUAAUGAAGCUUCUGUUGAGACGCAAUUGCCUCAAAAUUCAAAAUCCAAGAGUUCCCAGGAAGUUGGAGUAAGUAAUGAUUCAUAUCACACCGGUCAUGAAAAUCCAAAUAUUCCUUUGUCAAAUCCGUUUAGCCUUACUAUAGAGCCUCAACAAUUGCCUUCAAAAGAACCUGAUACGGCAUCAGGCUAUCCUGCUGAUUCUGAGAUCAUGCAAAACCCUGGGACUUUAGCUUUUCAACCAAUUCCUACAUCGGGGCAGAAUCCAGGUACUAUCGACAUGAAUGUACAAGAAUCUCAUAGAUUAAGUACUCAUCUGGAUUCACACAUCUUACCGGAAAAGAGGAAAAACUCAUUAUCAAGGAUAUCUGCUGCUUCAGAUACUUCAGAUAGCGAUGAGCCGUUAAGUGCCUUAAGGGUACCGAAUGAUAGAUAUUCAAGUGAGCCUCCUCGACACGGUGAAGUUGGAAAUAGUAGGAACGACUCAACAGCUUCUAACCCGCUUUGGCUUCAGGGCAUUCUGAACAACCGUGCACCACCUGAUAGAGGUUCCACAAAGGAAACAUUAAAUCUAACGCAAAAUGAAGAAUCUGCGUAUAAUAACCUCCAAUUACUGUCCACCGUUACCAAUUUGAGAUUUUUCGAAACGCACGCCGCAGAUGACAACAUUAUAGAGAAGGAAAAAAAAGAAGAACCACCGGUAAAAAAAUCGAAGAGAGGCAGGCCUCCAGGAAGUACAAAUAAAACGGUGUCUCCCGAUAGCCCUGAGCAGCCAAGUCGCUCCGCUUCUGAGGAAUUAAAUGAUGGAAGGAGUAGACGAGAGAAAAAGCGUGUCAAUUAUGCCCUUCCAGGGCUUCGCACAAAAAUGAGAAGAGAUUUUAAUUUGCCUACUGACCAUGCCAAACCACGAAAGCAAAGACGUGCCAGAACAGCAGAACCCGUAGCUGAGAAUUCAGAUAGCUAAGGUCAGCUGUCUUUUCUCUUAUUUAUUUCAAAAAGUUAUAUUCAUACCCUUUAAUACCCAACUUUAUGAUUUGUCUAUAUUGAUUAGCGAACGGUAAUGUGUAAUUGUACACGGUUUCCUGGGUUUUUAAAUAUAUAUAUAUAUAUGUACAUACUUUUAUGCUUUUGUACUUAUUUGUACCUGAUUCUGGAUUUGCUUCAGCUACCUUUCGUUCAUAAUGAAGUUAGUUUUGCCAAUGUACUUUUAUUAAUUCUCAUUAACGCCUGUA